AUGGACUACAAAAAAGUUUUGGAAAAAGUUGAUUUGGAUAGCGACGGCAAAAUUGUAAAGAAACCAAAGAAAAAGAAUGAUAAAAACACUAUCGAAGCAGAUAAAAAUUUAGUAGGAAGUAAGUCAAUAUUUGAAAAAUUUGGACCUGUUGAUCAAGAAUUAACUAAUUCACCUUCGGAAAAUGGCACACAACAAAUCGUUGUCGAAGCUGUAAUUGAGCAUGAACCCAGUGUGUCUGCAGGAGUAAAGAAAACUAAAAUUGAUGAAGUUAAAGAUUCAGUAGAAAAAAUUGAGAAAAAAUCGAUUCCUACUGAAACCAACUCUCAUUUUAAGCCUAAAACUGAUUCUAAAUGUCAUAAAAAAUCAUAUUUGAACAGCAAAAAAGACUUAGUAGUGGAGAAUAAUAAGUCAAAUGUUUAUCCUUCGAGCUUCAAAACAGGAGAUCAAGAAAAUCCUGAGCAUAUUAAAGAGGGAGAUGCAUUUAGUGACAAAAAUGAUAUAAUAGAGCAAAAUAAUAAAUUAGAUAGUCUUCUUUCCAGCUCUGAUUCAGAAGAUGAACCAAGUCCGGUAUAUAUAAAAGAGAAAAGUGUAAUUGUUGACGAUACCAGUGUAGUAAGAAAGAGGAGGAAACGAGUUAUUCCUAUUUCCAGCUCUGAUUCAGAAGAUGAACCAAAUUCUGUGAAUAUUGAAGCUGCUCCUGGUGGAUCCAAAAAUUAUAAUCGAAAGGGAAAUUCCAAAAGUAAGAUCAUGCAUAAAAAGUCCAACAGAGAGCCAGAAAAAUUAAAUUAUCCAGAUAUUUAUUCUGACACUGCAUCAAAUGAUAGUUCAAAGAGACAGGAAGAAAUCAUCAAUGACAAAACACGUGAUAAUACGGGAAAAGAAAAUAAACCAUUACGUGCUCGUAAAGGACGAAGUUCAGAGUCAUUUAUUGAAAACGUAAUUGCCCAUGGUCCAACUAUUCUUGAUCAUAAUGAUCUAAGUCGCUCUUCCCUCAUCAUUACGCAAGACAACAUCGAUUUCCUGGAAAAUUUAUUGCAAUAUGUCAAAUGUUUGUAUGAAAAACAAACGACAGAACCUGCCACACUACCAUCAGUAUCUCGCAGGAAUGAUUGCGAUAAUCGUGAAAGUAAAUUUAAGGUAGAACUAAUUCCCAAAAGUAAAAUAUGGGUUAGUGCAUCAUUCCUAGAGAUAAUGAGCAAUACAUAUAAAUCCAAGCCAUCCAGACUGGUAAUUAAAUUAUUGCACUAUAUCAUCGGCGAGAAAAAUUUGGCCAAUAUGACACUUACUGGGGGAAAGGGGACGAAAAAAAUCCCAAAGAAAACUGUUAAAGCAAUUCGAGAAUAUGUACACUGGAAUACACGGAGAAAAUUAAGACUGGAUUUGGGAGAUUUCAAUCGUGUGAUUACAAAUGCAUGCUACGCAGCAAGAAUAAAAUUCAAAAAUGAAAAAAAAAAAGAAAUAACAAGAAGAGGUAUACUACAAGAAGGUAACAUGACGGAGAAAGAUCAGAAAGAUAAUCAGGAAGCUGAGAAAGGAACUGCUGUUACAAAGAAGAAAAUGGUUUUAAAAGAUUUCGUCAAAAAAAAUAGAAAACAAAAAUAAUGUAAUUCAUGGCGUAAAAUAAUUAAUAAA